AUCAUCGAUGACGUAAGCAGAAAAGGAAAGAAAGAAACCUUUUUAUACUCUGAAGACAGAGCUUCUCUUCAUAUUCAACGUUUUUUCUCUUGGCUUCUUCAUACUUUUUUACUCACCCGCGUCUCAGAAUCAAUCAGGAACAAUGAUUAGGCUUUUUAAGGUAAAAGAAAAGCAAAGAGAAGCUGCUGAAAAUAACAAUGGGAGAGCCCCCGUCAAGAAGCAAAGUCCAGGAGAAUUGCGUCUUAAUAAAGAUAUCAGCGAAUUGAAUCUUCCCCAAACUACUAAAAUAUCAUUUCCUAAUGGCAAGGAUGAGCUGAUGAACUUCGAGGUCAGCAUUCGACCUGAUGAAGGAUACUACAGGAGUGGUAAGUUUGAGUUUACUUUCCAAGUCUCCCCUACCUACCCUCACGAAGCACCAAAAGUUAAGUGCAAGACAAAGGUUUACCAUCCUAAUAUUGACUUGGAAGGAAAUGUCUGCCUCAAUAUCUUACGUGAAGACUGGAAACCUGUCCUCAACAUAAACACAGUCAUCUAUGGACUCAAUUAUCUUUUCACGCAUCCUAAUCAUGAGGAUCCCUUAAAUCACGAAGCAGCAGCUGUAUUGAGGGAUAACCCAAAAACUUUUGAGGCAAAUGUGCGUAGAGCGAUGUCUGGUGGAUAUGUAGGGAACAAUACCUUUUCGCGAUGCAUUUAUUGAUAUCUCAGAUUCUCAAUUGUCCUUGCCAUGAUAUUCCGAUCCUUGAGGUUCCAAGGCUGUAUAUUUAGUCCUUUGUGUCUUAUCCUUUACAUGGCUUUAAACACUUUCUGUGAUUAAAGGUGAAAGAUCUAUUGAACUGAGCAUGAUGUGAGUCCCCAGUAGGAUAGUUUCUGCAAGCUUUGUGUAGCUUAUGACUAGAACCGUCAGUAAUAUCCUUUCUAUUCUUAAAUCUUUCUUUAGUGUCGAUUGUUUAUGUGCA